AUGAGCUCAAAAAGACAGCAAAAAAUGCAAGAGAAAGAAGAAGAGCCUCAAAAAGAUGAAAACUUUGAAUCAGAUGAAUCAUUUGAAGAGGAACAAGAAGAUGCUCGGAAAAAAGACGAAAAAGAAGUUCAAAUGCCCCCGCCGAAAAGAAAUAAAAGCGCAUAUUUAUUUUGGACACUUGAAAAGAGACCAGAAAUCAUGGAAAAAUAUCCAGGAAUUGAUGGAAGAGAAAUUCUAAUAAAACUUGGAAAACUAUGGAAAAAAACGUCAGAAAAGGAUAAAGAGCCAUAUAAUAAAAAAUAUGUGGAAGAUCGAGAAAGAUACGAAAGGCAAAUGCUUGAUUAUGAGAAAAAAGGAAAAUAUUAUGAUAAUGAAGGACACUUGGAUAGAUCUCAGUUUUUCGGGAGGAGAAGAAGAUCAAGAUCAAGCGGCUAUGCAGCCUUUGCAAAAAGAAAAUCGCAAGCUGCUCAUUAA